CAAAAACAAAGGAUCCCACCACUGAACCCCCUCACGCCAUCCGCCCCCUUCCUCUCCUCUCUUCUCUAGAAUCUAGAUAGCUGCUGCAUCCGCCACCGUGUCUCCUCUCCUCUCUCAUGCCAAAAUCGACCCAGGAAGGAAGUCAGCCGAGUGCCGGAGUGAAACUGCACCAAUCCAUCGCAUUUACUGGCUCCCAUAAAUAAAUGCCUCCAUGAGCGAGAGCCCAACCAAAACCAAGGAACCAACACACACAAAGCCCCCCUCUUUUAAUUUGCACCCUCCCCAAAUCUGUCUUCCAUUGCCCCCCCCUCUCUCCUCUCCAGCUCCGUUCCCCUCGUCCUCCGUCCAUGAGGAUCAGGAGGCGGCCUCCAGGCCAGCCUCUCGGCUACCUGCUGCCGUCAGAUCCGCCCGCCGCGCCACGGCCGUCGCCGGCCGCGUCGGUGGAUCACCAGGAGCGCCCCGCGGCGGACAAGAGAGAGGAGGCAGGCUUGCACUUGCACCCGUUUGCCGCCGCGGAUCUCGGGGAAGGGCACUCCUCGCCGGCGAGGUGCCCGGCAUUGCUGCCAUUGCUGCCGAAGGACAGCGUGGUGGAGCGCGGCAGGGUCCUGGGUGCACAACAGCAGGUGCCUGCAGAUGGCCGCAGGAGCCUAGAGAAUGGUCAUCACCACGUGCCGGAGCCGGUGAUCAAGGCCGGAGUGCAUCUCAGCAACGGCGGCGCCGGGGCAGCAGUGUCAGCGACGACGACGACAACAACAAUAGGCGCGAACGCGACAAAGCCACAAGUGAUGAAGGAUGACGGCGGCGGCGGCGGCAGCAAGAAAACGCGGGGCCCGGGUGUGCUACUGGAGGGGUCACGGUGCAGCCGGAAGAACGGGCGCGGGUGGCGCUGCAGCCAACCGACGAUGGUGGGCUACGCACUCUGCCAGUACCACCUCGGCAAGGGCCGGAUGCGGAGCGCCGCCGCGGCCGCCGCCGGCAAACUCGGCCGCACCGAGAACGGCAAGAGAGCGUCCGCCGCCCCUUCCCCGGCCGCCGCCGCGCCGCCCAAGGCCGACAUGCCGCCUCCGAGCGUGCAGCACUGCUAAGCGCGCGCAUGGCUGGCUCUGGAUGAGAGCCUGGUCGAGAUCGAUGGGACCGUAAGAUUCUUGGACAUCGUGGUGGGGUUGCAUAUAAUCUGGUGGCGAGAUCGAAUUCUUUGCAGCGUGCCCAAACUUGCGAAUGCUGCGGUGUCGUACCCCGGUGAGGAAAAUUUUUGCGGCGGAUUGUGUUCGUCGUUAUACCGAGCUUAA